GCCAUCACAAAUUCAAUGUGUAUCUUUUGCAGUAAGGAAUCCAGAAAUGGACGGCUGCUCUGUCUCACUUGGGAUGAUCUUGUUCUUCAGAUAUUCUGCAAAUCUAAACAAGGAAAAAAAAAUGUAAAAUUAGUAGGCCUACUUGUUUUCUGUUUUUAAUCAUGUAGACAUUAACAUGUUUUUAUCAUUUUCAAUAUCAAAGUCUGAGUUCAUUUAAUCUGAACAUAUUUGUUUAUACACAGUAUAAUGUUUAAUACAAGCCAGCCAGGAUGUUCCCUUAAGCAGUUUAGCUAGACCACGAUGCAUUCACUAAACACUCGCUAAAAUACCGGUAGCCUCAGUAAACACAGAACGUUGUGACGAUGUAGCCAGAAUCAGAGUCCUCUAGGGCUCUGGCCAGAAUGUGAGAAUGAAGCCCUGGCAACAUUCUAGAGAGCCGUAUAAUAAAGUAGAAUAAACAGUUGUUGUGAAUUUCAGAAUGUUCAGCGGAAUCCUCCAGAUCCAAGUUGCGUGCUUUUGGCGAAUUUGGUUUCUCGCCAGAGACUAAUAAAUGCACUGGUAAAGCCACGCUAUGUAGAGGCAUUGUGUGCCCUGUCGUUUGGGUAAGACUGUGGGAUAAUGCUUCGCGUCGGAGUAGGCUACACUCCAAUCUGUCGGGAUGUACUGCGCUAUAAAACGUCAGCUGAGCUUACAUUUUACAUAGCCCAAAUGGCCCAUUAUUCACAUUGCCUACAUGACACCAGAGAGAGGAAGAGAAUAGAAUUGAACGUCUCUGAUGACACACAUCGCACAGCGUCCACGACUUGGUGCAGUACGUAGCAAACAGUUAAACGCCUGGUUUAACUUGCAUUGCUAGUCAUCUCGUCUCAGUGGUUUAAAUGCCUUUCAUGACAAGCACUGACUUUCCCAUUGCAAAGAGCGAACUUCUGUUUUACAUACUUAGUUUGCAGCCUGGGUAACUGUAUUUGAUUCACGUUUUAUCCUUUGCUGUCCGGUUCUUAUCAUAAGUCUGUGUCGUUCUGACCAGAGCCUUUAUAACAAUCUUGUAAAUGUUCUCUGCUCUGACCAAAUCACCACCUUCUGGCUAUGCCUUCCCAAUGUGUGUUAACUGGUAGCCUAGUCCACAUAAUCUAACACUAGACUGAACACAAAAGCAAUCCAAUAAAAAAAUCUACUUCACUAUUUUAUAUUCAGCAAAGCAAAACAAAUCCUUGACAGCAUUAAUACAUUAACACAUUCCACUUCUAGCCACCAACUAGCCUGUACAGAUUCUUGCGAGCUGUAGCCUAGCUUUGUUACUUACUUUUCCUUAUGCAGCCUCAGGUGACGAACGAAGUUUGAUGUGGUUGACUGGCUGUCCGAAAUUGUGGCUCCACAUGUUCUGCACGUAGCAAUGCGUUUGCCAUCUGUAUUGGAGUAUUCUUUAAAUCCAAAGGAAAUUACGCAGGGAAUCAUGUUUUUAUCCAUCCGUUCAUCAUUCAGCAUCAUCAAUGUUCAGCGUCCUCGUUGCCCAUCACCGUUUGGUUUUUCAUUUGAACCAGUUGAAGUGCUUGAGUGACACCUAGUGCUAGUAGAUUGAGCUGCCGUAGCCUAGGACAAGGAGCUACACCGCAUUCAAAUAAUAACGAGUGUACUUGGAUUCAAAAUCGAGGUGGGGAAAAAAAAGAAUAUUUAUACCUGAUACGCCAAGUCAUUGCAAGCUAAAACUGUCAAGUCCAAGUCAAGUCUCGAGUCAACAGUGUGCAAGUCCGAGUCGAGUUGCAAGUCAUUCCUCAUCUAGGGAUUUCAAGUCUCAAGUCAUCAAAAUGGUGACUCGAGUCUGACUCGAGUCCAAGUCACAUGACUCGAGUCCACAUGUCUGACAAAUGUUACCCAUAAAGGACAGGAAACAUCUUAUUAUAAAUUUAUUUCAAAGUGACACAGAGUGACAUUUCAAUUUGAUCAAUUACGUACGUAUUUCUUCAUAUGUUGUAACCUCUAUCCCUCUUUUAUGUGUGCUGCGCUUUCUCCAGCUCCUCAAUUUGAAACCAAUGGUUUAGAACGUGUGAACAUUCCACACACAUAACCAUGUCAAACACUUGACUGGUGUCCGUUAUUAGCAACACUUUAAUCUAGCAAACUGUAUAUGGCGCUCGCUCAUUAAAAACUUCAAUCCUAAAGCAUUUAUGGGUUAUAUUGCUGCUUACCUCCUUCUCCAAAGGGGGGUUCAGUGGUUUGGUAGGGCGGAGGUCCCCCUGAGGCUGAAUCUGUGCAUACCCAGAUAGCAGAGGGACGUUGAAACGGCACUGAUUCUUGGUCAGAAUGGUCGGUUUCCGUCGUAAGUCAGAAAAUCAAGGCUGAAACGGCGCCGUGAAACGUCGAUUUCUCCGCCGUCGGAGAAGGUCGAUUUAUCACUGUUGAAUCACCGUGGGUAAAGGUUGAUCUGUCGACCGUCAGAGAAGGUCGAAUAUACGAUGUUGAACCAUCGUCACUUUUGCCGGCCAGUUUUCAACAUUGGUAGGAUGAGCAACUAAUUGUUCAGAAUAUAAAUUGCCACUGUUUGUCUUAUCCUGCUUACACAUAGAUACGAGUAAAUGAUAUAAGUGAUAAUGAUAAGUAAAUGAUAAAAAGAACAAAAACCAGUUUACUUUCUUAACUCAGCAAUGGAUUUGACCUAUCUUUGAAAGUUUUUUUGCAAAUAACUUAACAUUUCCAAGAUGAUCAUAAAUUAAUUAUAAUUUAUAAUUAUAAUUAUAAUUUAUAAUUAUAAUUAUUUAAUUCAUAAUGUCCCAUAAUGCAGUGCGAUUACCACUGCUGUUUACUGGAUGACGUCAUUUUCGUUAUAUACCUGGGUGCACGUGAAACUCCCACCACUCGGUUGGAUCGCGACUCUCUUGUGGAUCGGCCUGCUGUUACGCUUGGACCAUUGAAACAACAUUGAGAAAAACACUGGACCACGCUACAUUUUCAUUCAUCCCUGGACAUCUGACCACUACCCCGUCAUUCCCUCAAAAGGUACUGCAGACAUUUAUUUCUUUAGGGGAGAGAACAUGGCUUCUUAUUGGUCAAAAAGAAGACGUGUUGUGACAGCUACUGAAAUGUCAGAAAGGCAGAUUCUGUCCGAUUUUGAGUCAGCUCUGGGUAAUCCUGCUGCUCAAGUCUCUCCUUCAAUUGCAUCACCCAGGCCUGCAUCAUCAAUGGGUUUAGAUGAGGAUGGUGGGGAUUCUGUUGAGUUGGGAGGGUGCAGUGAUGCAGAGUCUGACAGCAGUAGCAUGUCUUCAGAGGGUGACAGUGACAGUCAUAUUGAUGGUGACUCUUUUGAAGAGUCAGGGCUUCACCAAAAAUUAAAACACUGGGCUGCAUCAUUCUCUGUGCCUUUGAUUGCCAUUACUGCUCUGUUGACCAUUUUGAGAACAAGCCACCCUGAACUGCCCAAGGAUGCUAGGACCUUAUUGGGCACUAAGCCUGCAGUACCAUUACAGACCGUAGGUAAUGGGGAAUACUUCCAUUUUGGCUUGGCAAAGGGAAUUUUGUCCAAAUUAAGCACCAUCCAUUUACCAGAUGUUAUUCAAACAAUAAGAGUUCAAUUUAACAUCGAUGGUCUCCCUAUUUUCAAAAGCACCAGGCUUCAGUUUUGGCCUAUUUUGGCACUGAUUGAUUGCGAUUACACCAGAACACCGUUUUUAGUUGGCAUCUUUUGUGGCCCUGGAAAACCCUCCAAUGUGUUUGAUUAUCUGACGCAGUUUGUUAAAGACCUCUCUGAUCUGCUUUGCAAUGGGGUAACAUUUGGAGGUAGAAAGCUGAGGGUGGCCAUUUCAUCCUUCAUUUGUGAUGCUCCUGCUCGAGCAUUUGUAAAACAAAUUAAAUGCCAUAAUGGGUACUCCGGAUGCGAUAAAUGCCAUCAGACUGGUAUUUGGCAGAAAAAAAUGGCGUAUCCUGAGACUGAUGUUAGGCUAAGGUCAGACGAGGAGUUUGAAAAUAUGGUAGAUGAGGACCACCACAUCAACAGAAGUCCUCUGACGGGUCUGGUGAAAAUGGUGUCUGCCUUCCCAAUAGAUUAUAUGCAUUUAUGUUGCCUUGGCGUUAUGAAAAAGUUGAUACAUUUUUGGAUGAGGGGGAAAAACUCUACAAGGCAGCCUACAAGAGCCAUUAAAGCCAUCUCCGAAAAGUUAAUACAGCUUCGUCCCUAUACUCCAGCUGAAUUUGCACGGAAACCCCGUGAACUCGCCGAAACUGAUAGGUGGAAAGCGGCAGAGCUGUGCCAAUUUAUGAUUUACAGUGGGCCAUUAGUUCUGAGGAACAUUCUUCCACAAGAUCUCUAUGAAAACUUCAUGUUGUUUUCUGUGGCCAUGUUUUUGCUACUCACACCAAGCAUUUCUGAAAGUAUGGUUUGUUUUUCCGAAAAAUUGUUAAUGGCUUUUGUAAAGCAUUUUGGAGAGGUGUAUGGUAAAGACGAAAUUGUGUUUAGCGUACAUCAAACAAUACAUCUGACACAUGAGUACCGCCAGUAUGGUUCCCUAGACAACAUCUCAUCCUUUCCUUACGAGAAUUAUUUGGGUAAACUAAAAACAAUGCUACGCAAGCCAUCGCAACCUUUACAACAGGUUGUCAAACGCCUUUCAGAGGAGCCAGUUUGUUUAUUUCCACCACCACCUACACAACCACAGUUGUUACACCCACACCAGGAGGGCCCAUUACCCCAACACUUAAGUUCUGGCCAGCAAUUUAAAAAAGUGCAUUUCAAUGAUUUCUGUUUUUCUUCAAAGCAGGGCGAUGAUUGCCUAGUGAUUAAAAAUGAAAUUGUAAUGGUGAAAAACAUAAUUAAACAUGGUGACUCUGUCUUUGUGGUUUACAUGAAAUUCAAGAGGAGGGAGUGAUAUUUCCACUAUCCUUGCCCCUCCACAAGCAUUGGCUGCUACAGAGUAUUUGGCAUAGACAGCUGCCUUAACGUUGACCGGCUUGAGGUUGUCCAGGGCAAAUGUGUGUUGUUCCCAGAUGGAGAGACCUUUGUGGCAAUCCCUCUUCGUCACCAUUCGUAAACCUAUAUGGGAAGAAAAAAACAAAACAAAAAAACCACACACACACACACACACACACAAAGAAACACAUCUUUACUUAUGCAUUAGAAGGAAUCUGGACAGUUGGAGUACUCCAGCUGGAUGGCAGGCACUAACUAUCCAUUCCAUGGAGUACUUUUUUUAUUUUUUUUAUUAUAGAUGGCACAGAUUUGGAAAGUUGUGGAAUUCCAAGACCGGAGUGCAGCAGUUGUGUCGUCCAGCUGGGUGGUAGAUGUUGACGGAGAAGUGGGAUGCUACUGGCCACCCUUUGGCGGAAACAAAGCUGUGAAGGCCGCCAUGAACUGCACCCCCCCCGGGACAAGGAUGGCGAUUCCAUCAAAAAAUAAGGGUGCUGGCAACCUGUGGCAACUUUGCCAAAGCAAGACGUUACCUGACCCGAUCGCUUGAGGAAGGCUGCCUUACAGCAGACCUGCAAUCGGAUGAUGGUGAGAUG